GUUUUUUAAGUUGGGGACUACUGCAGUCUUACGUGUACUUCGCUGCACCGGCGUCAGUCAACAUCAGCGUCAGUCAGCACCAGCGUCAGUCAGCGCCAGCGUCGGCUGACGUAGGCCUAAUUCUAACGGUAGUUUAGCCCAGGGCAGGCGACACAGCAGCUAGCCUGUGUUGAUCACCACGUCAUACAGAGUCCAGGUGACAGUCAACUAAGCGGCGCGCUAAGUUCUCCUGGGUCGUGUCCAGUAGGUCAACCGAGACCGAUUAAGACGGGGUCACGAAUCUGCCCUUUCACCUCUUAGUCUAUUUACUGUGUCCAGCCCAGAUAAAGCCAGGCCGACCAGAACACGGACUUGUGGUAAACGUGUAAAACGGAGUUGGGAAAAGAACAUAGGAGAGACUGAGAGAAACGCGACGGCUGUUUGCAUCUGGAACAGGUUGAUUCUGCUCUCCGCAGCCGUAUCUGGUUUUCUAGGUCGGAAUUUCUCCGUCGUCUGUGGUUUAUCCCGGACCAGUGCUCCGGCCAUUAUAGCUGUGCGGAAAGUCUGUGCAGGGAAAUUUCGGGAGGAAUACCCUGGGAUACACACUCACUAGGCUUGUGCUGACUUGUCACUUUGAGGGGCAACGCAGAUAGCUUUUUACAAGUUGAUCAUAAAGGGUGAAAAGUUUUCAGAGCUAAAAAUGUCGACGUUGACACUUGUAAUAGGCGUGAUGUGGACAUGCCUGUUUUCAGCUCACGGGCAGAAAGCUGAACUGUACCGAUGUCCAAAGGGUUUGAGCGGCAAUAUGGUGGCCUAUCGAGAUAAGUGUUACAGAUUUGUGUCUACUGCGAAACACUGGGACCAGGCGCAGAAUGACUGCCAAGUCAAGGGAGGUAACCUCGUACAGAUACACGACCAAUCCACACAGAACUUCAUCUACACGACGGCCAAAUCCACUUUAGGAUGGAGAGUCAAUGGCAUGUGGAUUGGUGCCCACGACCAGCGGAUCACCGAGAAAUGGGAGUGGGUCAUGGGCAACCCGUCUACCACUGGUAGAUCAAUCACAUGGUCUAAUUGGGCGCCGGGUCAGCCGAGUUGUGGUUUGAUCUGUGUGGAGCAUUGUGGGCAGAUGCGUUUUGACGACUAUGGACGCUGGCAUGACGUCCAGUGCCACGCUCGAUUCCUCUUUAGCGAAGAGAAGUAUCGCUUCUGUUGUAUGUACGAUAUGGGACCAAGAACCACAACGACCACAACGACAACGACAACAACUCCAACCACAGUGACAACCGUAGCGGCAUCCGAUUCCAGAACAAACGCGACCACAGAGAGUAGUUCAUUAAUGGAAAGUUCCACUCCUUCGUCUUCCACAGGACAAAACAACAAUGUUGCUGUGGACAGUGGCUACUCCACACCUAUCGCGGCUGUCGUCGGCGCUCAAGGAGCAGAGAGGAGGGAGUCACGAGAUGGAUCCAUUGAGGGUGGUACGGUAGCUGGAAUUGCUAUUGGAUGUCUUGUGGCACUUUGCCUGUUGUUACUACUGCUUCUGGUGUUUAUGAGAAGAAGAAAGCAGAAGAAAGAGGCAGAGAGCCCGUCGGACAACGCUCAGAACAUGACCUAUACGGGAGUCCUGAAUGCCGCCGGGCCGAGUCUGGCCUACGUGAACCCUCAAGCCGAAAGGACCGCUUACCUGAACCCGGUCCUCUCCGUCAGAAUGCCAGAAAAGUUCGAAGAAAAGUCAGAAAACCCUUACAGCGAGUGUCUUGACAACGAGCACAACGCAUGCGCAGCAGCAGCGGAAAUGAGCGACGACGACCUGGCCUAUUCGAAAGGCGUGUACGAGGACAUCAAGCUGGAUAUGAAGUCGGAGUUGUCCGAUGAUUCCGAUGACGAUUUUGAUCAGUUGAAAACAAAGACCCCGUCUGUGGAAUACCUUCAUGCAAGAAACCCUCCAACCACCAGAAACCCUCCAACCACCGGAAACCCCGAGGAGCCCAUUGCCGUGCCGCCACGAAAUUUGUUCACAGAAGAGCGCGAGCAUGCCGACAACAUUUAUGUUCCCAUGGACACCAGUAACGAAGCUACCUCUCACUACCAAUGAGUGAGGAUUGCUUUGAACCCGGUGGAUUGUCUAACUCUGAAGAAGUUGUACGUCCGUCAUUUUUAAAGAUGCCGGAUUUUCGUGGACCGGAAGUAUUUAGAUUGGAACGGUGAAGAAAGAAUCUCAACACAUCUAUACGAUGCUGUGCAAAAUAUUACCGCAUUUCUGACAUUUGAAAUAUCUUUAUAAAUGGUGGGUAAUCCAGUAGCGAGAAGACUUACAUUACUUUAGUGCUGUGAUGAUAUGUAGGGCAAAACAUAUUACUGUACCCAAGAGUAGCAUUGGAGUGAUUACGGAUGCCUUGAAAGGUUCAUUGACCACUUACGUCACAUGUGGUUACACAUCAAUGACAAAGUACAUAUUUAUCGCAAAUCGCUCUGACACAUGGACAAAGAACUUCGCCCUCAGACGCUAGGUUCGCGCUUCCUCGCGUUUCCGUUCAGCCAGAAUCUCUGCUACUAUCUGUUGUUUGGUUAACCUUCGCUCUCCACUAUUCAUGGCCACUGGAAAAGCACUGACAGAGGACCACAGCCUCUAGUAUAGAAGCUUAGUAAAGUGAGAUCUUAGCGACAAAACGCAGAAAUGCAAGCCCAGUAAACUUCAGUGGUACAUAUAACUGUUACUUUGAGGCUUUUUUGGUCAUAACCAAAUACAGGUGUGUGAUUUUGUGAGAGAUUGGAGAAUUUAGUUAUUUUUUUGUGCUCAACUUAAAACGCUCAUAUUACCUGGUGCUAAAUGUUUUUAAAAGUUGCACUACAUCAAUACACUAAGAUCUGAUUGCUUAAGCACACAUAGCAUGUGGCGAAAAAUUGUCACAAUGGAGCGGGAGGAAACACAGCAGACAACGACGCUUUUUUUUAAACUCCAUUUGUAUGCCAUACCGACAUUAUACUGUUCAUGGCGAUCGACGAUUACCAGAAACGUAGCCAAAUGUUAUGGUUGAAAUGGAGUUCAGUAUUGGAGAACGGUUUAAGCAUUAAGCCUGGUUCUCCUGCCCGCCGGGCGUAUGAGAACCUGGCUUAGGCUGGAUCCUUUGAAUUGGUGGCUGCUUCAGGCUGGGAUAUUUGUACUCAAUGAACUACUUAAGGUCUUUUUCAGAAUAGAAAUAUUUUUAUCUUGUGAAGAAUAUCAAUUUUGUACUUCGAUCAUUGCCUGUGCUGCAUCAUGGACCAACCCCACAUUUCACCGCCUUUUUAUAACCUGGGUACCCUAGAGGGGAGAUAACUGUGUAUAUUCCGGCCAUUGCCGUCUUAAGUGCUUUUUCAAUUAUUUGCAAAAUGUAUUUUGAUGAAUUUUUUGUAAAUAGUGUAUAUCAAAAUCAGAUUACUUGAAUAUAUGUGUUUUGCCGUUUUCAAAUGUUUAUUUUCCUGCUAAGACUUUAAAUAUUAAAUGAACGUGGAAGUAAUUGUUUCGUUAUGUUUCGAAAGCUUCGUUAUGUUUGAAUUUGUGAAACGUAUAUGAAUAUGUUAACUGCUAUACAACGGUACGGUACAAAAGUACGGUACAGCGGAAUGCGGUACAACUGCUCGGUACAACAUUACAGUACUGCGGUACGAUAUUACGGUACAGCAGUACGGUGGAACGAUUAUGUGUACUCGACAAAAAAAAAAGACAUAGAAUGUCAAACUGUGGAAUAGUACUACUAAGAUGUUUUAGAUGUUUUCUGAAACAUUUUGUUAAAUGUAUUUUUAUAUUCAUUUGGUUGUAAUUUCCGAGCUUUACGGCAAUGUAUAUAUGGUAUCACGACAAGCCAAGGGCUGAGCGCUCCAGUCUAUCGCUUUUGGUCUACUUUAAAGAGGGGAAUAAUAGCACGCUAUUGUAUUUGAGGCGUAUUUUAAACAGACCAUCAUAUGUUAUGGGAAGGCGUGGCUAUAGCAAUAUACCUUCUUAUCAUCAACGCCAUAAACGUUACGUUUGAGUAUCUGUCAGCACAGCCAUGGCUUCAUUCGGAUUACUUAGUAAAGAAUGGUCAGAUUCAUAUUUUAAUGGAUAAUAGUUGUUGGCCGAGUAUUUCUAUGCACGACACUCACACGUAAAUAAAUCCACAAUCAUUCUUUCUUUAUUUUUCUAAAUAAAUACAUUUGUAAUAAACUAUUGAAAC